GAUCUUCGUACAUCCCGUCUAGUGGCAAUUUCGGAGAACUACCUUGCUGCAUGAUGCAUUGCAUUAUGUAGACUGCGAGGUGGACUAUUUGUGGCUGGCUCAAAUCAUAUUCCUUCGGAUUGAUCGUCGCUCAGAUAUGGUCGGCCAAAUCACGAUUUCUAGCAGAUUUUGAGGAAGCUAUAAGCAGGUAGAUGGCACAGAUCAAUCUUCAACGCAUUUCUCUAAUCAGGCUACUCCGCAAUUUCGAAUUAGGCUCUUUGAAAUGGAUAAGCCCACCUCUCACCUACUUCAGCAGGUACACGUCAGGCCGGGGCCCAGAAGCACUCAGGUUGUCACAGAGUGUAAGGUUGACAAUAGUGUCUAUAUAGAAGAGCAUGAGAAGUUCCAAAAUUGCCUUCUACAGAGAUGUCCUGCGGACCUUUGGCCUGGGGGAGCUUACCAAACAGCAUGUCCUCGGCCCAUUCUCGUUCACGAAAGGCAUCAGCAGCAUCUGAGAGACCUGCACGAUGCGUUGACAGCAGCUAUUACGGAUAUUGUUGAAAGAUGGUGGACAGAUCAGGAUGCGUGCUUUCCGGACCGUAUGCCUCUUGAGAAACAAGAAGAAGAACUUUUGCAGUGGAUGGAAACACAAGUUGUCAGCAAGAAACUUCCUAUUUACCGUGAAUGUCGGGGCUCGUGGAGACCAGAUUUCCUCGUUGAGGAUGUGCUUGACGAGACGGGUGUGUCAGUAGAGAACUACCGCAUCACUGAGAUCAACGCCCGUUUUUCUUUCAACGCUUUUAUUCUCGGAACAAUUGCACACGAGGGGCUUCAAGAUAUGGGGGUGGGAAGCAAUGGAUUGAAAUGCGCAACAGAUCCGGUAGAGUUACUCAAUGGUACUAUCGGUCUAUUCCGGGCGGAUUCUCCUUUGCACCUUCUCAAAGGCCGAGAGAAAGGAAUGGAUAUCCAUAUGCUCCUGCACAUCAUCCAGCAGCGGUUCGGAAUUACACCUAGACUGAUCACGCCCGCAGACCUUAGGCUCGUGCCCCUCGAGCACGGGAGUGGUCAUAGACUCUGCUCUGUGGUGAAGGAGAAUGGAAACUUUUCUCUUCCUCCUUUGGCCUGGCGAACUGAUGAAGGGGAGCUUGUUGAGGAAAUCCACCAAGUCGGCCUCGAACUACAUCAAUCAGAGUUACUUUCACUAGAGCCUGAAAUGUUGCGUCAGAUCAGUCUCCGCUGCUUCAACGACUUUCGCUCAAUUCUCUUAACACAUGACAAACGAAUGCUCGGUAUUGUGAAGCAGGAAUUGGAAUCACUUGUUUCACGCAAGGUGAUCACUACUGCACAGGCACAAGUCCUUGAUCAAGGAAUCGCUGAUACUAUUCUUCCUGGAUCAAUAGAACUAGAGCGACUUGUUUACCUCUCACAGCAGUUCCCGAAACUGCAGUACGAUUUUCUUCUGAAGCCAAUACGAAGUGGCAAAGGAGCUGGGAUUGUGUUCGGUGACGAGCUCGAAUCGGAAGAAUGGAUAUCUGCCUUGAAAUUUCAGCUGAAUUCUCAGGCUGUUUCCAAAGCCUGUGUAAUUCAGCGGCGCAUUCUUCCGCAUCUGUAUAAUCUCGUUCUGAAAUCUUCCGGUGUUCGUGUACAGUAUCCUCUUAUCGGAACCUAUUUUGUAGUCAAUGGAAAAUUGCUUGGUCUCGGGGGAUGGCGAAGUAGUCAGGACAAAAUCUGUGCUGUUAGUCAUGGAGGAUCCUGGAUAUGCUCAGUCAUGAACAACAAUGAAGUCUAAGAUGUAUACUUAGAUAGUAUUAAGACAUAAAACCUCUUAUAAAACAGAACUGAAUUAAAUUUUUGCCGAAGAUUUUUAUUGUAUAUUAACACUGUGUGUUGAGAGGCGAAGUUUGGAGUAUGGGUCUGGUAGUAUUACGGCAAGGGGAGCCAGUCCCGAUUGGGAGUGGUUGAGCUCACUCGUAUAAGUGAGCUCAAUACAACUUAGAAUCUUUACUUUCUAGUGACAAUGGAA